AUGUCCGCCCCCAGCCAGCCGCUCCUCCUCGCCCCCCCGCACGCCUCGGCCCUCGUUUCCUCCUUCACCUCGUUCCUCACCAUCGCCAUCCACUCCCUGCUCUUCCACCGGCGCCUGUACCCGCCCGCCACAUUCCUCCUCGCCCGUGCCUACAACCUCCCCGUCCACCAGUCGCGUCACCCGGCCGUCUGCGCCUGGGUCCGCGAUGCCGUCGCCGCCGUCGCCCUCCAGAUCCGCGCCGCCGCCGCCCGCCGCGUCGCCCUCGCCGUCCACGACCCCGCCACCCUCGCCGUCGUCGAGCGCUGGGUCUUUGACCUUUGUGGCUUUCCCGCUGAUCCUCGCCUCGUCGCCGCCGCUGCCGCCGAGGGCCAUGAUGUGCACGGCGGCCAGGAUGGAGAGCAGCACCCUGUGAACUGGACCGAUGUCCACGAGGCUCUGAGAGGUGCCCUGCGCAAGCUGGCUUAUGCCGGCGAGAGCAUGCCGCCUCCCCCCGACGACUCCACCUUUUCCCUUGCCAUCGAGCUCCGCGACGACGCACUCGCCCCCAUCCAACAUCCGCAGCUCUGGCUCCCCUCGGAGCCGCACCUCCAGCCCCCCACGGCAUCCAACCCCCACCAAGGCUCGGCCCUCGGCGGCGCGUCCACAACACCCAUCCGCUCCGUGCAAGCGGGGCCCCUCUUCUUCGAGUGCUGGGUCGAACAAGCCUCGCGCGACGACGCAUCGGCCCCGUCGAGCACCGACGCUGACAGUAAAGCUACGUAA